GUGAGAGCAAGGCUAGUACAGCUUCCUGGUUGUAGACUACCACUUUUAUAGAUAUGAGGCUUAAACCAAACCAGGGUGUUUUAUUUUUGUGUCUCUUAUGGCUUUACAUUGGCCAAACAUGUGGUAUAAGCCUUGAAAUAGUGCAAAAAGAUGAGACACAUCAUGAGGAAAGGUCUGAGAAUAUUCAAACUGGGACAAUUACUUUUGGCACAGGGAAUAUUUCACUGGGUCGAAAUCUGGAAUAUGAGAGACGAUAUGUUGGAGAAAACACUGCAGACGAUGGCUCCGUCAACGUUCAAGCCGACGAUCCAGGCCUGGUGGGUGGACAAAGCGGCACUCCUGACUUUAGGGCCUGGAAUCGUAUGCGACCAAAGUUAUUAUGUACUAAUGACCUCAUGAAGUUCUCUGCACAAGGCCCUGGAUGUUCUUCACUCCAGUUAGACAGCGGUGGCACACCUCUCUCACUACACCAGCUACGUCGAGAGUGUGGCUACUCUGUGAAAAGGACUGCGGUGGGCCUCGUGCUUCUCGCCACUUUUGAUGGUUGUGAUGUUAUAAAACGGGGCAAUAGCCACUUGCUGCAGAUGUUGUGGCACGGCAAUCCAGUAACCCUCUCCUGCCCUGCAUCAAGCUCAGACCAAGCCUCUCUAGUUGUAUCCACUACUCCAGCUCCAACUACCGACGCACCUUCUACAGCUGCUGAGCUUCCUCCACAGAAUCAACAGUGGAUGAAUCCCUUCUUUGGAGACUACUACCCUGUAAUGCCUGUGAAAAUUCCCCCUCAAACUACUGUUGCACCUACCACAGCGGCUGAGCUUCCUCCACAGAAUCAACAGUGGAUGAAUCCCCUCUUUGGAGGCUACUACCCUGUAAUGCCUGUGAAUGGUCCCCCUCAAACUACUGUUGCACCAACUACAGAAGCCCCUUCGGCAGCUGCUGAGCUUCCUCCACAGAAUCAACAGUGGAUGAAUCCCUUCUUUGGAGACUACUACCCUGUAAUGCCUGUGAAAAUUCCCCCUCAAACUACUGUUGCACCUACCACAGCGGCUGAGCUUCCUCCACAGAAUCAACAGUGGAUGAAUCCCCUCUUUGGAGGCUACUACCCUGUAAUGCCUGUGAAUGGUCCCCCUCAAACUACUGUUGCACCAACUACAGAAGCCCCUUCGGCAGCUGCUGAGCUUCCUCCACAGAAUCAACAGUGGAUGAAUCCCCUCUUUGGAGGCUACUACCCUGUAAUGCCUGUGAAUGGUCCCCCUCAAACUACUGUUGCACCAACUACAGAAGCCCCUUCGGCAGCUGCUGAGCUUCCUCCACAGAAUCAACAGUGGAUGAAUCCCUUCUUUGGAGACUACUACCCUGUAAUGCCUGUGAAAAUUCCCCCUCAAACUACUGUUGCACCUACCACAGCGGCUGAGCUUCCUCCACAGAAUCAACAGUGGAUGAAUCCCCUCUUUGGAGGCUACUACCCUGUAAUGCCUGUGAAUGGUCCCCCUCAAACUACUGUUGCACCAACUACAGAAGCCCCUUCGGCAGCUGCUGAGCUUCCUCCACAGAAUCAACAGUGGAUGAAUCCCUUUGGAGGCUACUACCCUGUAAUGCCUGUGAAUAUUCCCCCUCAAACUACUGUUGCACCUACCACAGCGGCUGAGCUUCCUCCACAGAAUCAACAGUGGAUGAAUCCCUUCUUUGGAGGCUACUACCCUGUAAUGCCUGUGAAUAUUCCCCCUCAAACUACUGUUGCACCAACUACAGAAGCACCUACCACAGCGGCUGAGCCUCCUCCACAGAAUCAACAGUGGAUGAAUCCCCUCUUUGGAGGCUACUACCCUGUAAUGCCUGUGAAUUUUCCCCCUCAAACUACUGUUGCACCAACUACAGAAGCCCCUUCGGCAGCUGCUGAGCUUCCUCCACAGAAUCAACAGUGGAUGCAUCAUCGGUCUAGAGGCUGCAGGGGUCCUAGGUCUGGAGGCCGCUGGGGGCAUCCUUAAGGUCAGUGAAGAAU